AUGUCCGCUCCGCGCCGAAUCUCCGCCACGGCGACUGCCUCCUCCGCGGUUGCGGUGUCCGCGCAGGCUUCCGCCGGCGCCGCCGGUUCUGCCGCCGACGGCGCUGACGGCGCCGCUCAAGGGGACGCCAGGGGAGGUGCAGGAGGGGGUGCAGCGAGCAGUGGCGGCAGUGAAGCAUGCGCCAGCAGGCACGCCGCUUUCGGUUCUGCAGCGGCAGCUAGCGUCCGCGCGCCGCUGUCGCUGCUGCAGCGGCAGCUGGCAUCCGUGUUCGCGCGCCUUCGUCUCUCGCUUUCCUUCCCAUCCGCCUCUCCGCCCAUGCUGCUGCGCCACCUUUUCCCCGCCUCCACCCCCACACUGUGUCCCUCGUUCCGCCCUUCCGCCGCAUCCUCACGCAUCCGUCGCCUUUCCCCCGCGCGGCGGCGCGGAGCGGGAGCGGGAGCGGCGGUAGCGCAGGUAGCGGCGGGCGUCGGGGCGGGCGACGUGCAGACGUUCAUCCUCACGGCGGGCGCGCUCGCUGCCGCCGCCGUCUCCCUGCGACUUGCGCUCAAGGUGCCGUUCUCCGCGCAACCACUCCGCGCACCCACUCCGCGCACCCAUUCCGCGCACCCACUCCGCCACCCCUUCUCUCCCCGCUGCUCGUCCUCCGGACGCCCCCCCCCCCCUUCCAAUGGCCUCCCCUCCUCACGCCUACGUUUCUUCUCUGGCUUCCGUGCUCGCU